CAUUGAGAUUGCAGUUGCGGUUUGAUUUAAACAGUUGAAAGAGGACGCGGCGCGCGGCAUGCGUGUGGACAGAUUUCAGCGUUGGUGUUAUUGUUGUUAAAUGUCGUUAGCUCCAUAAGUAUUUAGCUAAAGAGUCAUCACGAUGGACGACAAAAAGGACAUAAAAUCUGGAUCCCAAGAUAAUGCAGAGUACAUAAAUUUGAAAGUUCUGGGACAAGAUAAUGCAGUUGUCCAAUUUAAAAUUAAAAAGAAGACUCCACUUAGAAAGCUCAUGCAUGCCUACUGCGAGAGGCAGAAUUUGGACUCAAAAGUGGCUAGAUUUAGGUUUGAUGGUGAUGCCAUCAAUGAGACAGAUACUCCAGAGUCAUUAAAAUUAGAUGAAGGAGAUACCAUAGAGGUGUAUCAACAGCAGUCCGGUGGAACUUAAACUGCUGCUUUCGUUGUUGGGUUAUUUUGAGACUGAAUAAUGUUUGAUAUCUUUAAAGUUAUUCUAGGGAUAUGAACCCAUUGUACUGUAUUUAUUUCUUUUAACUGUCCAAUUUCUCUCCCUCUUAGUGAUCUAUAUUUAAGAGGUUCAAUUUGUUUUUAAACUGUAAUAUACAGCUUAGUAUUCUAAAUUACCUAUCUCUUUUUUCUGUGUAGAAUUUAGCUUUAGAUAUUUUUUUUUAUUUUUGAUUUAGACUCAUGAAUAAGUUGUUGUUCAUGGAAUGGCAUGUAUUUACAGAUUUCUGUUAAAGUGUGACCAACAACAAGAUGUGUGUAAGUUGUUUACUGAUGAAGAGACUCAUUUCUUCUCUUAGUUUGUUAGUUUUGACAGCAUUCCCUCAAAAUAAUACCAAAUAAGCCUUGAGCAGAAUUGUAAAUACAGUUAAGCACAUGCUCCUUACUAAAAUAACUUUCUUUUUCUUUUCAUGUUUUUGUCUUUGAAGUUAGUUAAAACAUGUGAUAUUCAACUUAAAAAAAAAUGUUUGGAAAUCUGCUGAUUACGGUUGAAUAAGAACUACUUAAACUA